AUGAUUGUUCAAGGCACUGUUGGCACUGGUAAAUCUUUUUUAAUAGAUUGUAUUAGGAAAGAAUUAAACAUAUCUCCACCUGUGACGACAAACCCAUUGCUUGUUUUAGCACCAAUAGGUGUUGCUGCAUUUAAUAUACAAGCAACAACAAUCCAUGCAGGGUUGCGCAUACCUAUAAGAGAAAUGCAUCCUUUGAUAGGGCAGUCAUUAAUGACAUUGCAAGAGCAAUUGAAACAUAUCAAAUAUAUUCUGAUAGAUGAAAUGAGCUUUUUAGGCCCGAAACUACUACUUAAGAUAGAUAACCGCUUACGCCAAGCAUUCCCUAACAAUCAACAUGACAGCUUUGGUGGGGUGUCCAUGAUUCUUGUUGGUUAUCUUGCUCAGCUUCCCCUUGUAAUGGAUAAACCUAUAUAUGCUUCGCACUCUACAGCCCUCAGUUUAUGGCAUUCUUUUACUAUUGUCAUAACAUUGGACACUAUUUUCCGCCAGCAAGGUGCAUCUAUAAGACAACAACAAUUCAGAGCACUCCUUCACAACUUAAGAAACGCUCAAGCACUGCAACAUGAUUGGCAGUUUCUGAUGUGCCAGACAAAUGCAACAUUAACUUUUCAACAAAAGAAAGAUUUCAACUCUUCGAUCCACCUAUUUGCAACAAAUGAAUCUGCACGCUUGCAUAACAGGAAAAUGCUCAAAGAAUUAAAUUUGUCUAUCGCUCUAAGUUUAGCUAAAAUUGGUAAGCAAACAAAUACUGAAUAUGACAACAAUGAAUAG